GUGAGGUUGAGGGCCGUGGCGGAAGACGAGACGAUCGCCUCCAAAUGUUUUUCCGAAAUUCCGGCCAACUUCGACUCGGAUCUUAGAUACAGAAGUGCGUGAUGAGCGAGGAGGAGUUCUUGCUGAAGUGGAACAACCACCAGACCAACUUUGUCGACGUGUUCAAUGAGCUCCUCCGCGAUGAAUCUUUCGUGGACGUGACCCUGGUGUGCGGGGGGGAGGCAGUCCCAGGACACAAAAUGGUCCUGGCGGCUUGCUCCCCCCUGCUACACCGCAUCCUCCGUGACAACCCCUGCAAGCAUCCGCUGGUCAUCCUCAGCGACGUGCCAGCCAGGGACAUGCGGGCCAUGAUGAAGUUCAUCUACCAAGGGGAGGUGAGCGUCUCCCAGACAGAGUUGGCCAGCUUCCUCAAAACGGCAGAUAACCUCCAGAUCAAGGGGCUGGCGGAGGACAAGGAGAAGGAGAAGGAGGAGAGGAAAAGAAAAGACAAGGACGGUGACAAGACCGAAGGCAGAGUCAGCAAUAAAAGACAGAGGACGGCGGAACCCCGUACCACGGAGAACUCCUCUCCCCUUCCCUCACGCUCACACAAAGCACUCAAUGAUUCUCACUCUUCUAGUCAUAAGAGCAGGAGCAAAGCCUCGGCCGAAGAACACACACCCAGGGUUGGGGGGGGAGGGCUACACAUGCCUGCCUCUAAACACAACUCAUCAAAGAACUCCAGCUCAAAAUCACCUCGUGACAUUCCCUCUAGAGUUUCCAAUGCCUCCGAGGAGAACAGCCUCCAGCACGCCGUCAACAAUAACAGCGUCACCGAGGAUGUUUUACCCAAGGAGGAGAUGACUGUAAAGACAGAACCUCUGGACUACCCAGGAGAGAUGGUGUGGACCGAAGGUCAUGGCACCAUAAAAAGUGAUAUUUUAGAAGACCCUCAAUCAUUAAUGCCUUUAGCUGCAAUACCCGGUGCACUAGAGGGUGUUGCAGCUGCCCUCGCUGCCUCCCCCAACCUCCCCGUCAUGGAGUCAGGUGAAGACAGCCGGGGUGAUAUGUCUACUGCCUCAGAUGAACUCAAUUCUAAUGCCGUAGGGGGUACCUGGGUGCAAGGUAGUCUAGCCCAAGGUACUGUUCGAGACAGUGGGACAGUGCCCCCACCAAGUCUGGUGCCCGCAGCAGCUCCACUGCCACCACCAGUGACUCCAGCUGCCUUCACUCAGCAGCAACUGGAAGAGCCCCAGCAACUGCAGCCACCCCUGCCAAGCCAUGCAAGCCCUUUCAGAGCCAGUACCAUUACUCUGCCUCUCAGUCUGCCAAGCACCACCACAGUCUCAGCAGCACAUCUGGAGAGGCUUCCAGACGUACCAUCCUCCUCAGCUCCACCACAGUACUUCACAACAACAAUCACAACAAAUAACAACAACAGUGCCCACAAAUGCAGGCAGUGCUCAUUUGUUACCUCAAACCCAUACACAUUCACCCGACACUUGCGCAUCCACUUGGGCACCAAAGAAUUCCGCUGUCGGGUCUGUGCCUUUGCUUCCUCGAGAAAAGAUUCCCUCAUUCGUCACUUCCGCAUGAAGCACUUGACGGGGGAGAUGUCUGUGUACCAUGACCUGGACUCCAGGGACAUUGAGGAAUUGGCCUUAGUCAGAGGAGUACCUGACAGUCUACGAUUGAGACCUAAUCAGUUUUAGAUAGUCCUCAGAUGACGACUGUGCUGCUAAUACUGUACUGAGUGCUUCUUAGGCUCUGUGCCUCAUUUAUUAUUUUUUCUUUCUGAAAUUUCUGAUGAUUUUACCUUACUCAGGAAUAUUAUGGUGAAUCAAAAGCAACCAAAGGAACAGCACAUAUUAUGAACCAAAGGAUUAGAAACUAUGUUUUUCUGUUUUUUUUAAGGGAUCAUUAAUGCAUUCCCCAAAGACGACGCUGAAACCCUAAUAAGGCUGAAAUAUUUGUUGUUUAGAUUAUUGUCCACUAGGGUAAGGGAAGUCAGUUUUAAGGUUUUUCAUCACCUGAAAAUGUCCUUCUUCUCUUUUGAGUCCUAGAUCACUAAUUAAGUUAUAUGUUUAUUUAUACACAGAAAAGUUCCUAGUAAGCACUAUGUUCUCAACGACUAUUCACGACAUCAUUGUUUCUUGAAGUCUUGGUAGUUUUCUUUUAUAUUGUAUUUUUCUGAUGUUGAAAGCUUUGUAUGAAUAAGACAAUUUAUUUUUUAUAAAAAUGAGUGCAUGAGUUACACUUUGAAAACAUGCAUAAUAUCACGUAUUUGUUGAUUACCCCAUUUUGUAUAUAUAUAUUUAUAAAUAAAGAAUAGAAGCAAAUAAUAAGUUACUGUUCUUUUAUUUUUGAUAUGAACAAAAUUGUAGAUUAAAUGAUUUCGAGAGAUACUAAAAUG